CCCGAUUAUUAUGAAAGGGAAAAUUGUGAACUUCGUCGUGUUUAAAGUUUAAUAAUGACAUAGCUGUGAUAUAUUUUGAUUUAGAAAGUAUACGUUGAACUUUUGUUGCGUUAAAGCCGUGGUUUUUGUGAAAAGUGCAAAUAAGCCAGCUAGAUUAUGUCAAAUUUCCUAUGAUAGUUGGCUAAUAUAACAUGGCCGCCUAAAGACGACUAUACAUUACAUGUCUUUUGUUGUGUAAAAUUAUAUUUUUUUUAUUAAAACAUGGAGUUGAGAGUGGGCAACAAAUAUAGGCUAGGCCGAAAAAUAGGAUCCGGUUCGUUUGGAGACAUUUACUUAGGAACCAAUAUUUCUACAGGCGAAGAAGUAGCUAUUAAAUUAGAAUGUAUAAAAACGAGACAUCCACAGCUUCACAUAGAAUCAAAAUUUUACAAAAUGAUGCAGGGCGGAGUGGGUAUACCGCAGAUAAAAUGGUGCGGCUCGGAGGGCGAUUACAACGUGAUGGUGAUGGAGCUGCUCGGCCCGUCGUUGGAGGACCUGUUCAAUUUCUGUUCGCGUCGCUUCUCGCUGAAGACGGUCCUGCUGUUGGCCGAUCAAUUGAUCUCGCGCACGGACUUCAUCCAUUCGCGGAACUUCAUCCACAGGGACAUCAAACCGGACAAUUUCCUCAUGGGUUUGGGCAAAAAGGGGAAUCUAGUGUAUAUAAUCGAUUUCGGUCUGGCGAAAAAGUACAGGGACGGUAGGACUCACCAGCACAUACCUUAUAAAGAAAAUAAGAAUUUAACUGGUACUGCUAGGUAUGCGAGUAUAAAUACUCAUUUAGGUAUCGAACAAUCUAGGCGCGAUGAUUUGGAAUCGUUAGGUUAUGUUUUAAUGUACUUCAAUCGAGGCUCGUUACCGUGGCAAGGCCUGAAGGCGGCCAAUAAGCGGCAGAAAUACGAAAGAAUAUCGGAAAAGAAAAUGUCCACUCCCAUAGAAGAGUUAUGUAAGGGCUAUCCAAUAGAAUUUCCCACUUACCUGAAUUAUUGCCGGGAAUUGAGGUUCGAAGAGAGGCCGGACUACAGUUAUUUAAGACAAUUAUUUAGGACCCUGUUUCAUAGGCAAGGCUUCACGUACGACUACGUGUUCGAUUGGAAUAUGCUCAAAUUCGGAGGUUCGAGAGGCAGCCAUUGCGAGGAGAACGGCGGCGGCGGGGGCGGCCGAUCGGGCACCAGGUACGGCGGUCACGGGGCCGGCAUCGCGGCCGAUUCGUCGCCGGCGGCGCCGCUGUCGAGGACGCGGAGGCCGCACGACGCUCGCAUGGAAUUGGUGACAUCGGGUAACGCUACCGCCCAAAAUGUGCUCGAUGAAGUCAUCACCAGCAAUUCACCUAGGAUGUACGAUAGUCACGAACGGAGGGUUUCCAUGAGACUUAGGGCCAGUCAAGGAGCUCCGAACGCUUCCACGUCCGAUUUGAGCACGUCCCAACAAGCCAACGCCUCCAGAGCGGCAAUGGUACCUCCAAGCGGGCAGACGGGUGCCCAGGGCCCGCUUCCUAGGCGAGGUAGCGCUUCCAAAGAUCCGCCGACGGCGCCGCGGCUCAAAAAGUGAGAAAACUGCACCGAAUAAAAUGCGUUUUUAAUAGUGACAUAUUUUUUAAUUUGCUAGGUAGAUACGUUUUUUUUUAUUAUCGAAGUCGGCUGAUCGUUGGCUUCAGUUUGAGGAGGAUCAUUCGGAUAAGUAAAUGUGGUGUUUCGCGAAAAUGCUUUGCACAGUGCGAUAGGAAUAGCUGUGGACGUAAGGUUACUAUGCGCAGUAUGUACUAUUUGGGAAAAUCGCGCACGUACGUCACUGUUGUAGUUAUACCUAAAGCAUUGUACAUUGUAACUGUCCGAGUUGUGAGUAAAAGAAACGAUAGUAAUCGAUUAAAGGAUAGUAGUAUUUUUUUUAUUUAAUUAGUUGCAAUACGAGAAUAAUUUUAAUUUUUUUUAACUCAAUAUUCCAAUUGGAUUAUUCUCAAACUGAUACCUUCUUCGACCGAGGAAUCACAGUUAGAUUAUAAUUGAUUAGAGAAGUGAUAAAAACCGUGUUUUUCAUAAAUGUGAUUUUGUUAAGUUUUCCACCCCUUUUUGAGCUGUUUUCCUGCAUUUCGCAAAAUUUUUGUGUAAUAUUUUAUUUUGGCGAAAAAGGGCCAACUUCCUUUUUGUGGAAAAAAAAAGAGAACUUUAUUUCGAUGAAUGAGCACAAAAGUUUUCGUAACAUAGUUACUAUUUAAGUAAUACGAAUUUAUUUCGACGUGUAUGAUGAAUCGAAAAUGAUUACUUUUUUAUUAAUUAGUCGCGGAUAGAAAGUACGCUAAUUUAAAGGGAAAAAAUUUGUUUCUAUUAUAUUUUACUUACUAUUAGUUUUAAAUCGAAAAAUGAAACUUUUGUAUUAGCUACUUUCCUUUGUUCGACGAUUCGAUUUAUUGGAAUCGUCUUGCUCAUUGAAGAAAAAAAAUGCGUGCAAUUGAUGUGAGGAAAUAGUUUUUAGUGAAUAUGAUACCACUUAAGUGACUUCUGAUGAAGCAACGAUUGUAUAGUAAUGAUUUUGGAUACAGGUGUCACUAUAUAUUUUUAUCGUUUUUUUUAGGUAAACUUAAAGAAUUUCCUAUUUUGACGUGGCAAAAUUCGCGAGAAAAUUUUAAUGUGUGACAUGAAAAAAUAGGAAAAAAGAACCUUACUGAAUAUAUAUAAAUAUUAUAUAAACAUAAGAAGACUAUUUCGUGUUAAACGAAUUGGCUUUAUUUGUUGACGUUAUUUUUAGAUAGUUUACCUUAUUUUGUUCCUUUAUUCACAUAAACAGUACUGGUAAUAAUUUCUCAACUCAAAAAGUUAAGCUAAUUAAAAAUAACGUUGAAAAUAAUGUUGAUAAAAUGAAUGACUAAUUGUACAUAUCUAGACUGACUUUGUGUAUUUUGUUGUAUAAUAAGUAUAAAAAAUUCAUUUCGAUUGUUCAAAAAUUUUUUAUAAUACCAUCGGUAGAUAGCGUUUACCAUUUUUUGUAAUAAAACUUGAUUUAAACUAUAAGUCGAUUCAAAGGAGAAAGCCGAAAUUACUGUAAUAUGUUAAGUUUUCUGCAUUUAUUUUAUUCGUCAAUUGGUAGUACUUAAUUAAAAUACUCUUAAAUAGGAUUUAAAAAUCUGAAAAUCAUUUGGAAUUGUUUCAUAACAAGGCUAUCUUUGAAUUGAUGAUAAAAAAAUACUGUGUGUUUAGUAGAAAACUACUAUAAACGAGAAGCUUCUAUGUAACUUAUGAGCUAGAAGGCCUUCCGAGGCCAUCCAAAAUUCAAUACAGGGUGAAAUUUAAUUUUCUAUAUUAUAUUAAAGACAAUAGAUUAUAAAACCUAGGUCGACUUUUCUAUACCUACUUGCCCCUAAUCCUAUUUAAAACUUCUACUUGCGAAUACGACAAUGUAAAUGUAAAAGAGUAUUGUAAACUAAAAGAAACUAUCAAAACUAUAUAAAUUAGAAAGGAAAUGGAAACGAUUGCAAUUAUAAAAAAAUUGACCUAGUGUAAAAUUGUUGCAGGUGACAGAACGAGUCUUGAAUCCUUCGAUUGAACUAAAUUUAAUCCAUGAAAAUUGUUCCUCCGGGCGUUUCCUUUGUUGUCCCCGAUCACGGCUCGUUCCGUGAGCUGUACUUACAACAAUCGUGUUUUAAAGCACCCUAUGCUACUUUUAAUGUUCAUUCGUAUAAUUUAAAUAUAUAGAUUUUUUUUUUCGAAUAAGCGGACGUUGAAGGAGUGUUUUCAUAUCGCAAUUUUCCAAUAGAUUAUUUUUAAGUAAUAGGUAAAUUCCCGAAUUGUUAGAACAUCUCCGCAGUGGUUUUGGUAAACUUAUGAUAACUAAAUUACAAUAUUUUAAUAUCCUUUUGUAAUUCAUUCGUAAAAAAAAUACACAAGGCGCUUCAUAAAGUUUACCAAAGUCGUGAUUUAGCAAUAUUUCCGAAAAUUCAUUCACCACAAAAUUCACAUUUUUGUUACAUAAUUUUUUAGUAAUAUCAUAUUUUUUAUAUAGUAAUCGAAAAAAAAAGGUAACCCUUUACUGUAUAUAUAAAAUUACCUUGUCUUAAUGUUGUGUAAAUAUUU